AUGAAGAGUUCUUCGUCAGAGAUUCCUCCGGUCCAAACAAGGUUUUCGGAGCUUGGAAUUGAGGCUGUAAUGUUGUCUGACUCAGAAUUCCAUAGAUUCUCCAUCCUUCCUAAAGAUGGUGUCUUGUUGUUGGAUAUCCAUGUAGUUGAGCAGUUGUUGAGCUCUGUCGAGCUUGUGGAAUUGAUGGAGAAGACCCUAAUGGGGAAGGUCAAGGGCUCUCUCUUGCGUUCAACCAAUGUACUCGUUGACGAUGAGUUUUCACCGGAUGCUAACUGUAAGGUAAUCACUGCCGUUUACUUCUUCCAAAGCCGUCAUCUGGAUGAGCGCUGCAUAUUUACAUUUCUAUGUUGA